AUGGUGGAGAAACUCCUGAAAAACAGUCAAGACGAACUUUCCGCCACGCAGCACUCGUUAGACGACGCCCAGCACAGAAAAACACAUGCUGUUGCGAACACCAUUAAGGCUGAGGUCGACAACCACUCCAAGAAGAAGCACCUGGCACGAAGGAUGACACACUACAGGAAGCUAGCAGAAGAUCAGAAACACGAGUUCCUUCACCUUCGUAAGGCGAUCCAGGCGUACUUCAUGUAUCAGGAGUCAGUCCCCUUGCGGCACGCCAUGUCCGACCAGCACCGCGAGGGCAGCCAGGAUUUCGACAACAGCUUCCUGCUGAGCGAACUGCAGGACAUGGAGAGCGACACGAACCUGCUGCGCGAGGUGACCGGCAGCCACGACAUCCAGGGCGUGGUGCAGUGUUUCGAGACGCAGCGCGACACCUCGCAGCACCUGCAGUCGCUGGUCAAGGAGAUGGAGGUGAAGAAGGUGCAGCUGCUGCACCGCAUGGAGAAGCUGACCGUGCAGCGCAACGCGGCCGUCUUCCACGACCAGGCGGCGGCGGACGGCGUGCUACAGCGGGCCACCGAGCGGCGCCUGGUGCCGGCGCCGCCGCGCGCCGUCUCGCGCCUGGAGACGGCCGCCUACCUGACCGAGAUGCUGCGGCUGGCCGCCGCCGGCGUCUCCAAACUGAUGGAGCGGCUCGAGGGCCAGGAGCCGGACGAGGUGCUGCAGCGCGCGGCGCGAGCAAAGUUCUCGCUCACCCACUCGGAGGAGAAGUUUAGCACGCGGCAGCCGCCGGCGCUGGUGGCGGCGCCGGCUUCCGAUGACGGCGACACCACCGGCGAUGACGUGCAGAUGGCCACGCGGGCCGUCAUGAAGCGGCAGGCGCACCUGAUUGUCCAGGCUAAACUGAAGGCCGGCUACGGCAGGAAGAAGUGGUGA